GAUGAGGUCACGUGACCCAAGAGUAUAUAAGGCCCAACGUCGACGGAGUUUUAGUUAGUUCCCAGCAAGUGAAAUUGUGAUCAAAUACUAUUGCGCUUCAAAUACCGCAUCAAGAUGCAGAUCUUCGUCAAAACCCUCACAGGCAAGACCAUCACACUCGAGGUCGAGCCCUCAGACACCAUUGAAAACGUGAAGGCCAAGAUCCAGGACAAGGAGGGUAUUCCCCCAGACCAGCAGAGGUUGAUCUUCGCAGGCAAGCAGCUUGAGGAUGGACGCACUCUGUCCGACUACAACAUCCAGAAGGAGUCUACACUCCACUUGGUCCUCAGACUGCGUGGUGGUAUGCAGAUCUUCGUCAAAACCCUCACUGGCAAGACCAUCACCCUGGAGGUGGAACCCUCAGACACCAUUGAGAAUGUGAAGGCCAAAAUCCAGGACAAGGAGGGCAUUCCCCCAGACCAACAGCGUCUCAUCUUCGCUGGCAAGCAGUUGGAGGAUGGUCGCACUCUCUCUGACUACAACAUUCAGAAGGAGUCCACUCUCCACCUUGUCCUCAGACUGCGAGGUGGUAUGCAGAUCUUCGUCAAAACCCUCACAGGCAAGACCAUCACCCUGGAGGUGGAACCCUCAGACACAAUUGAAAAUGUGAAGGCCAAGAUCCAGGACAAGGAAGGCAUUCCCCCUGACCAACAGCGUCUCAUUUUUGCUGGUAAGCAGCUUGAAGAUGGUCGCACCCUGUCAGACUACAACAUUCAGAAGGAAUCUACCCUUCACUUGGUUCUCAGACUUCGUGGUGGAAUGCAGAUCUUCGUCAAAACCCUCACAGGCAAGACCAUCACACUGGAGGUUGAGCCCUCUGACACCAUUGAAAAUGUGAAGGCCAAGAUCCAGGACAAGGAAGGUAUUCCCCCUGACCAACAGCGUCUUAUUUUCGCUGGUAAGCAACUUGAGGAUGGACGUACUCUCUCUGACUACAACAUCCAGAAGGAAUCUACCCUCCACUUGGUCCUCAGACUGCGAGGUGGUAUGCAGAUCUUUGUGAAGACUCUCACAGGAAAGACCAUCACUUUAGAAGUUGAACCUUCAGAUACAAUUGAGAAUGUAAAAGCCAAAAUCCAGGACAAAGAAGGUAUUCCUCCAGAUCAGCAGCGUCUCAUUUUCGCUGGUAAACAACUAGAAGAUGGCCGAACACUGUCAGAUUACAACAUCCAGAAGGAAUCCACUCUCCAUCUUGUCCUCAGACUGCGAGGUGGUAUGCAGAUCUUCGUAAAGACACUCACUGGCAAGACCAUCACUCUAGAGGUUGAGCCCUCUGACACCAUUGAGAAUGUAAAGGCCAAGAUUCAAGACAAGGAAGGCAUUCCCCCUGACCAACAGCGUCUCAUUUUCGCUGGUAAGCAACUGGAAGAUGGCCGUACCCUAUCUGACUACAACAUCCAGAAGGAAUCUACCCUUCACUUGGUUCUCAGACUUCGUGGUGGUAUGCAGAUCUUCGUCAAAACCCUCACUGGCAAGACCAUCACCCUGGAGGUUGAACCUUCAGAUACUAUUGAAAAUGUAAAGGCGAAGAUCCAGGACAAGGAAGGUAUUCCCCCAGACCAGCAGCGUCUCAUCUUUGCAGGCAAGCAGUUGGAAGAUGGCCGUACCUUGUCAGAUUACAAUAUCCAGAAGGAAUCCACUCUCCAUCUUGUCCUCAGACUGCGAGGUGGAAUGCAGAUCUUCGUGAAGACCCUCACAGGCAAGACCAUCACCCUGGAGGUUGAACCCUCUGACACCAUUGAAAAUGUGAAAGCCAAAAUCCAGGAUAAGGAAGGUAUUCCCCCUGACCAACAGCGUCUUAUUUUCGCUGGUAAGCAGCUUGAAGAUGGUCGUACCCUUUCUGACUACAACAUCCAGAAGGAAUCUACCCUUCACCUUGUCCUCAGACUUCGUGGUGGUAUGCAGAUCUUUGUCAAAACCCUCACAGGCAAGACCAUCACACUGGAGGUUGAACCUUCAGACACAAUUGAAAAUGUGAAGGCCAAGAUUCAGGAUAAGGAAGGCAUUCCCCCUGACCAACAGCGUCUCAUCUUUGCUGGUAAGCAGCUUGAAGAUGGUCGCACCCUGUCAGACUACAACAUUCAGAAGGAAUCAACCCUUCACUUGGUUCUCAGACUUCGUGGUGGAAUGCAGAUCUUCGUAAAGACCCUCACAGGCAAGACCAUCACCCUGGAGGUUGAGCCCUCAGAUACUAUUGAGAAUGUUAAAGCCAAGAUCCAGGACAAGGAAGGUAUUCCCCCAGACCAGCAGAGGUUGAUCUUCGCAGGCAAGCAGCUUGAGGACGGACGUACUCUCUCUGACUACAACAUUCAGAAAGAAUCUACUCUCCACUUGGUCCUCAGACUCAGGGGUGGCCAGUGAAUAUUCCAUUGUGAUCAGUUUCCAAAGAUUUCCUGUCAACUACGCUUAUUGCAGAAUAUGUAAUUGCACAUUAUUCCUUUCCAGUGUAUGUGGAAAUUAUAUGAACAUGAUUUUAUUUCAAAUGCACAUCAAUAUUAUUUUUUACUUUUUAUAAUGUGCUAGCAGAACCAAAUAAAAACUUUAUUUGAUAU